AUGCUUCGAUACCCAUAUUUUUGUAAAAUCUAUAAAGAAUUUCAUUCAUGCUGGUUGGAAUCUGGCAUAUUUAAUUUAGGUAUCUGGCCAAAAAAAAUACAUGCUACAGCAGAAAGAUGUAAUGAAUAUGAAGCCGAGGAGCAAACAGAUCAAACUGGAGCUCAGGAGUUACAUAGAUCUCAAAAUGGAGAUUUUGAAGCUAUGACUAAAUUACAUAUCCCAGUAAUGGUGGAUGAAGUUGUUCGUUGUUUGGCACCACAAAAAGGCCAGAUUUUUCUAGAUAUGACAUUUGGUUCAGGAGGACACACAAGAGCCAUUCUACAGAAGGAGUCAGAUAUUACUCUGUAUGCCUUAGACAGAGACCCGACAGCUUAUGCAAUAGCUGAACAGCUUUCAGAAUUCUAUCCUAAACAGAUCCGAGCUAUGCUAGGCCAGUUCAGCCAGGCAGAAGCCUUAUUAAUGAAAGCUGGAGUGCAGCCAGGGACUUUGGAUGGAGUUCUUUUGGAUCUUGGGUGUUCCUCCAUGCAACUUGAUGCUCCUGAAAGAGGUUUUUCCCUUCGGAAGGACGGCCCCUUGGACAUGAGAAUGGAUGGUGGCAGGUACCCUGACAUGCCCACCGCAGCUGAUGUUGUGAACGCUUUAGAUCAACAGGCACUUGCCUCCAUCCUGAGAACAUACGGGGAGGAGAAGCAUGCCAAGAAAAUCGCUUCAGCAAUCGUUCAGGCUCGCAGCCUCUACCCCAUCUCCAGAACCCAGCAGCUUGCCAGCAUCGUUGCAGGUGCAUUUCCUCCAUCUGCUAUUUUUGCACGAAAAGACUUGCUACAACGAUCUACCCAUAUUGCUACCAAGACUUUCCAAGCUUUUCGAAUAUUUGUAAAUAAUGAGCUCAAUGAACUUUACAUAGGAUUGAAGACAGCUCAGAAGUUUCUGAGACCUGGUGGUCGCCUUGUUGCCCUCUCCUUCCAUUCACUAGAGGAUCGCAUUGUCAAACGAUUCUUGCUUGGGAUAAGCAUGACAGAAAGGUUUAACCUAAGUGCCAGACAGAAGGUGAUACAAGCAUCACAAUUACGUUCAAGUUAUGAAAACAAGGAAGGAGACUGUAUAAGCAGAGCCCCUUUAAUGUGGGAAUUGAUACACAAGAAAGUACUUACUCCAGAAGAUCAGGAUGUACAGGAUAACCCCAGAGCACGCUCAGCUAAGCUUAGAGCAGCCAUCAAAUUAUGA